UAUGUUUUAUGUAUUGAAUGCGAUUGUGUUAAUGUAAUAGUUUUAACUUGAUAAUGAAGUAUUUUCUUGAACUUUAAUCAAAGUUUAACAUAAGCCUGUUUUAACCACGUUUAUCUCAACCCAUAUAAGAAAAUACAAUUAUAUUUAAUGUUAUUGACUUCCUUCUUACCAAUACCAAUUUGAUAACUAGGCCUAGGCAAAACAAGAGCAGGCCUAGGCCUAUCAUUACUAUUUAGAACUUAUAUUUUGUUGAACAUGAUCGGGGAUAAAGCAUUUGAAUUAAUCAAAGAACUGGAUAGAAGUAGAGGAAGCUUGUUACCUUUUGAUGAUGAUCAUGUGAGAUUGGUGUUUGAAGAAAUGAGACUUCUCUGUGAGCAGAUUUCAGAGGCAAUGAAUUCUACAACUGACGCAGAUGCUAAUGAAAUCUUUCCUGAAGUAAAAUUAGAAAAGGCUGCUUUGGAGAGGAAUCAGCGAUGCCUUCUUGCUUACCUUUGGAACCGAAUGCAGCUUAUCAGACAAAUGCGAUGGGAGUUCGGAAGUAUUCUGCCACCUGACAUUAAAGAAAACUUGAGUGAGUCAGAGAUCAGAUGGUUCAACAAUUACACUAAAUCUCUGGCAAAGUACAUGAAAUCUUUGGGAAACAAUUAUGGAUUGAACCUUACACAGGACAUAAAGCCUCCAAAAUCACUAUAUGUAGAGGUUAGAAGUUUGAUGGACUAUGGAAAGCUUGAACUGGAAGACGGAGAUGUAAUUGUGCUGAAGAAGAACAGUCAACAUCUGAUCCCGAGGUCGUUGUGUGAGCCUUUGAUAAGGCAAGGUGUUCUGGAGCAGAUCUCCAGCUGAGGUACCAACUCAGAUCCAUUUACCUAAUCAACUUGUGCUAAUGCCUUUCAUUACCCUACACUGACUGAUACGAUGGCUGAAGGCUUGGAGAAAUAGAAGGAGCCCUAUUCAAAUUUAGAUCCAGCAUAGGUUCACAUCAUGUGUGCUCACUAUUUAUUAUUCAAACGAGUGUGUGUAAAUUUACUGUGAUAAAAAGACGUCUUUGUAUUUUACUAUGUUAGUGAAUUUUUAAUGAAUUUUUUUAACUUUUACUAUGACAGGAACUAUCCAUUUUUUUUCAAUUUCUAUAGUAAAGUAAAAUGUAUUAUUAGCAAUACUGAAUUUUAAGAGGAAUAAUAUUUGUAGUUCAACGUAUUUAAUUAAUUUAAAAUUGUAUUAAAUUCAGCCAAAGCCUGGAGACCAUACUUGAAUGGGAAAAGUAAAAGUUCUGUCCUCACCUAAAUCCCAAAAACCUAAUCCCUUCUGCUCUAUGUUACAUCCUCAGCCAUCGAUUGUAAACAUUUGUAUAACAUUUUCAGAUUCUAUUCUGUAAUGAUUUUGUGUAGGAAAUAUUGUACCAAUAAUAUAUUUAGAAGAAUAAAAGUUUUUACCAAGAAUUGUAAUACUAAGUGUAUUUAUUACUCCAAUAUUUUACUCCAGAAUGACAUAUUAACAACAAAAUCUAGCAUUAAUUUUAGUUUGGAAAA